UGCCUUCUUCGCAAACUGACAUGAGCAUCAACAAAGACAAGAUAUACUUCAUGUCGUCCUUGAACUUCUGUUCCUUAGCUUUUACUAUGUUGUUUUUGGUCUGCAUCCCAUGUUGUUCAUGCGUAGUUAGCUAGCAAUAGGCACGUAUAACACAAGGAAGGUUGACACAGUUUGAUUCAUAGCUGGUUCCUACUUCUCUUAGUCACUGUAGACGUUGAGUUUCUUGGUAAGAAAGAAAAUUUUUGAAGGUUUAUUAAUCAAGGGAGACUCGUGUGUUUCGGACAGAUUUAUACUUAUUUGUCAGAGCUAACAGGGAGCAGCUAGAAGAAGUACCCUAAACCGGUGGCUGAUCACCCGGUGAUCAGUUUGGCCAUUGUGAGAUGUGAGAUAAACAGCAGUCUGUUUCUGCAAUAUCCGUUCAGAUCAAGGAGAUUUCAGAUGUCCCUUUGGUGGUUAGAAUGGAGGAUCUUCACAAGCUGUACCCAGAAGCCUUGCCGAACAUACCUAUUUCAGUAAUCAAAGGGACACCUGUAGACAAGGUUUGCCUCAAAGCCAGCAGACAAAUGCCAUCCUUUAAAUUGCUGGUUGAUACGCAGAUGCAACUGUUUUAUGAGCUACUGAUAGUACUAUGUUUUAUAGAGAGUAGCACAUUUCUGCAAGGCGUUGACACAUAUUAGAGAUUCAUGGAUGGUCAGAUUCAGAUAUGAUAAGACUGGUAAAAUCAAGAACACCGAUGGGGCACAACUUGGUAGCAAGAGAACUAUUUGACAUCCUGGAAGAUGAAGAGCUGGAAAACGAUUAUGGCUCAUUGGCUAGCACGUUAAAACAGUCCUCUUCUUAUCCCAGCAAGCUUGUUUCUCAUGCUGCUGCAACUGAUGUUUGUGCAAAAACUAGAGAGUCUGCAAAUAUUUCGGGGCCUCCAUCACGUCUCCAGUCUCUUGGAGACCAGGGUGUAAAAAAAUAUAGCCACUUGAUGCAAAAGAACGGAAGUAUUGAGGCACAGAAGCCAAAUAGCAAAGUUCCCACAAGCAAAAACACAAAGGGUGUGGCUUCUAUUAUGGAUGAGAAUUCUAUCAAGACACCAGAUGAUAAACCUGGUCGAACAGGAAUUCCAAGGGCUCCUCCACCACCAGCCAAUAUCUCCAAAGAAAUGGCGCAAUCGACACCACCACCAGUAAUGCCUUCAAAAGGAUCAGUACCAGAUGCAAUGCCACUCAAAAAGGGUCCUCCUCCUCCACCUCCACCACCACCAGCAAUGUCUUUGAAAGGAUCGGCACCAAAUGGCAUGCCGCCCAAAAAUGUUCCUGCCCCGUCUCCAUUACCAACUAUGCCUUCGAAAGGAUCAGCACCAAAUUCCUUGCCACUAGAAAAGGGCCCUCCACCUCCUCCACCGCCUUUAGUGCCUUCAAAAGGGUCAAUACCAAAUGCAAUGCCACUCAGAAAGGGUCCUCCUCCUCCACCUCCUCCGCCAGUAACGCCUUCAAAAGGAUCAACACCAAAUGGCAUGCCGCUCGACAAUGUCCCUGCCCCACCUCCACCACCAAUGAUGCCUUCGAAAGGAUCGGCACCAAACACCAUGCUGCUCAAAAAGGGGCCUUCACCUCCUCCACCGCCCCAAUUUGGUGCUGGUAAGUCCCUGUUUCAGACAAGACCCACUACCAAACUAAAGAGAUCCACCCAGAUGCCGAACCUGUUUCGUGAUCUCAGGAGCAAGAUGGAAGGAUCUAGUCUAACUGUUAAGACAACCAAUGUAAGAAAGGUGCAGCUUGGAGGUUCUAAGGGUGGCAAGGAAGGAUUGGCUGCUUCACUAGCAGAAAUGACAAAAAGAUCAACGUAUUUCCAGCAAGUUGAAGAAGAUAUUAAGAAAUAUUCAAAAUCCAUCAUAGAGUUGAAGGCACACAUCAAUUCUUUUCAGACAAAGGACAUGAUAAAGCUGCUCAAGUUUCAAAGCAAUGUAGAAUCCAUUCUUCAAUUCCUAACUGAUGAAUCACAGGUGCUUGCCAAGUUUGAAGGUUUUCCCUCAAAGAAGUUGGAAACAUUAAGAACAGCAGCUGCACUGUACUCAAAAUUCGACACGAUAGUCACUACCUUGAAGAAUUGGGAGGUAGUACCUCCCUUGGGACAGCUUUUGGACAAGAUUGAGAAAUAUUUGAGUAAGGUAAAACUAUGUCCAAAUUUAAUGAUGCAACGUCUCUUCAUAAGUACUGCUUACCUUUUCUCUCUGCUCAAGAUCAAAUUAGAGCUGGAUGCAUUUGAACGAAGCAAGGACGAAGAAUCCAAAAAAUUUAAGAGCCAUAACAUUGAUUUUGAAUUCCACAUAGUCACCAAGAUUAGAGAAUCAAUGGUGAAUCUUUCUUCCAACUGCAUGGAGCUAGCACUCAAGGAGAGGAGAGAAUCAAAAACAGCAGUUGAAAAUCAAGAAACUAUGGCUAAACCUGAUCAGAAAACUAAAGAAAGCGUUAAAAUGCUUUGGAGAGUUUUUCAGUUAGCAUUUCGAGUCUACAGUUUCGCUGGCGGACAAGAUGAUCGUGCUGAAACAUUGGCCAAAGAAUUGGCAGAUGAAAUCUUAAUUGAUUCACCAAACCAAUAAUGUUCCCUGAGAGAAAUCUACAGAAAUGUAUAUAAAAAACUACCAUGUUGUUGGCUAAAUUAUUAGUUUUUGUGUGGUCAAAACAACAUAAAAAAUUGCAGUCUUUAAGGAAGAAAACAGGUUUUAAUUUUCUGCAGAAUUGCAUGAACAAAGAGAUAAAACAGUUUCUUCU